CUUCAAUUUUCUGUCUUGCGACUUAUGAAUACUUAUACUUUAACAUUCCAGGAGGCCAUGACAGAUUUGUACUUUUAAGUUUGUGUCGGCUGUGGACUAAUUCAGAUGGUUGAUACUCUUGGCCAUGCGCAUUUAACCAUCAUGAGCCAAUUUGACACUCUGGAUGCAGCAAUUAUUCUUAUUCCAAAUUAGUUCUUUACUUGCUUGGUCUUCUUAAAUAUGCUACUCGUUUUUGUCAUUUUUAACACAACUACUUUACUUGAUUCUUUUCCUCCGCGUGAAAGUGCAAACCUGUAUUCUCUGCGUGUCUUGUCCGUUUGCAUCGUGACUAUAUAUAUUUAGGGGCAAAGAAGAAACGAGCACCAUCCUCAAAUUUACAAAGCCUUUUUCUCCACAACCUGCCUGCAAUUGAAAAUGGCAAAAUCGAACCCACACUACCAAGGGAAAACUUUAAUACCAUUCACACCAGAGGAAGGGGGAGCACGACAGUUGAUCAUUUAUCCGAGAGACCUCAACAUUGUUUGGGGUAGAGAUUGUCGCUACUGGAAUGCCCCCAAGUUGAAGGAGGCGGCAGAAUUGCUUCAAGUGUCUUGGUUAGAAGUCACUGGAUCCGUGGACAACAUCGAUCCAGACAAGGCUUACGAGGUGGGGUUUGAGUUGGCGUUUACUGCAGAUGCAUUUGGAUGGGGCAGCUCUCCUAUUUUCAUGAUGGUCAAGCGAGGGAAGCAGGGGAAGUUUGCUUGGAAAAGGGAAAUCCUAGACUCCAACCAAACGGAGCCAUGUAGGUUUUGGAGCACAUUGAAGGAGGCUGAUGAGAAGACAAACCAGGAUCCAGAUUCAAGGAAGCUGUACUUUGGUCUGUAUGAAGUGUGGAGUGGCAAGUGGAAGGGAGGUCUCCGGAUCAACAAGGCGUACGUCAAAGAAUUACCCAGAAAGAUGGACAGGAACCAGCACACAGCUGACUCUCGAGCACAAUAAAAAUUCUUUAUAUUCAAUGCAUGCUCUCAUUCAUUUGACCCAUACAUACCAGAGAUACUAUACUGCUGUGAUUGAAGCUGUCUAGUUGUAAUGGGAGAAAAUUCUCUCUUGUUUCCCUGCACCAUAACAUAAUAUAUAGUCAAUUGGUUUAAA